GGGAAAACGAAUAAAUACAACAAGACUCACGCAAUCUGGGAUUACUCUCGCACCAAUAAUUGAAGCGACUGGUAGACUCACAACACACGAUCCUCAUGCACCUCUCAACUUAUCUAUUGCUGGUCGGAGCUGCUGUGCUCGUGACACAAUUAAGCGGGACAGACUCGUACGCGAUUAAAAGUAAGCAAGUGGAAGAUCACGACUCGACCGAGACCUCGGCCGACAACGAGCACGUCGACGCUGCUCUCAACCGAACCUUGUCAUCAGAGGAUUCGGUCCAAGAAGAAGAAGAAGAUGGCGUCGAAGAUUCAUCGGAGGAAAAAGCGAACAAAGUCGAGAAGCGAAGUGCCCAGUUUGCCAGGAAUUCCGACGAAUUUGAUAAUUUCUCGUUGGAGAACGACAACAGGCGACGGCCAGUUGUUGGCCCAGCCCAGCCAGCCAACGUCCGCAAUCCCGUUUUGAGGAACUCGGACGAGCGGAUCGACGCUUCCGACGAAUUGCGGUCCGUUUUAGCUUCGCGCGUCCGGCCAAAUGUCCCAACUCAAACGGCAUUCACCAAUUCAGACCGACUGCCGUUGGUACCGUUGAGCUUCCGAAAUCUGCCGAGGCAGCAGCAACCGGAUGACGAUUUCGACGAUGACAUUUCCAUCGAAAUCAGAAAUCGAGUCGCAGUCACGCAGCCAGUCAUCCAGUCUCAGCGAGUUGUUGCAACUUCAACCGCGACAGCCGGCCGACUCCCAUCAGCAGCUCCAACUGGUCUGAGAAAUCCGAUUUUGGUGAGGCAGCAAUCGGAUGACGAUUUCGACGAUGUUUCUUUGGAGAUUGUCCGCCAAGUUGCGCCCACACCUGUCCGGCAGGUGGUCCCCACCACCCAAACGGCCCUGCCUAAUCGACUCCCGGUACCCAUGGGUUUCAGAACUCAACUGGUCAGGGAAUCUGACGGCGAUUUGUCACUGGAAGUUGUCAGAGUGACACCCAACCAGCCGACAGUUCCAUCGCCAAAUAAUAACCAAGCCGCUAACAACAUCCGCACGGCCGUUUUCAGCCAGUCGGACGAACGUGAUGACGUUUCGGUCGAAAUAUUUGGCAGCCUUCUCAAUCGGAAUGCUGGCCAACUCCUCCAGACGGCACCUCCUGCUGCCCAGCAAACGUCAGCCAUUCGUCCUAUCCAACAAGCCAACAACCGACAACAACCCAUUCAAACUUUCAACCAAGUCAACAUCGUUUCGGCUCGCCCAGUCACUGCCAGGCCUCAAGUCCAGCCACCGGCCACAACUCCCACUCAACUGGCAGUCGCAUCUUCCUCGAACCGGUUGCCAUUGGUACCCAUGGGCUUCAGGAAUACAAUUUUGGUGAGGCAGUCAGACGAUUUCGAUGACGACAUUUCCCUCGAAAUCAUCAGGGAUCGAGUAGCACCAGCUACAUCAGUGGUCCAGCAAGUUGUUGCAACCCAAACAGCAACCUCCGACCGACUGCCCGUACCGAUGAGCUUCCGAAAUCCAAUUUUGAGACAAUCAGACGAAUUUGACGACGUUUCUAUCGAGAUCAGAGAUCGUAAUGUUUUCACCGCACCCCAACAGGUUAACCGGCCAGCAGCCAACAGCCCAGCUGGAACGCCCAUCAAUGCCAACAGACCGGAAUUUGUCGUCACUCAAGAUGCUGACGGUGAUGUUAGUUUGGAACUCGUUAGCCGCGUGCAAAGCCAACAGCCAGCAACAGGUGUCGAAAAUCAAUCGGUCCAGCAGCAAGGCUUCUCAAUCUCACCCGUCCGGCCACUGAUUCCACCCCGACCGGUGCUGGCGGCCGGUAGUUUGGUUCAAACAGGAAACGAAGGCCAGCGAGUGAAUGUCUUUGACGACUAUUCCUUGGAGGACAACGACGACGACGACGACGACUUUUUCCUGGAAGAUCAGUUCGACAAUGUUGACGGAUUCCGUCUACUGGCCAGCGACUUUUUCGCACAGUCGCCCGGCAACGGAUUCCCGGUUGAAAGGAGCGUCGAAAAUCAGGGCGAAACCGACCAAAAAGAUAUGCAGGAUCGCGCCGAGGAGGAUAAUUUAGCCGAGCCCGUCAGUCUGGACGAUUCCGACUUCCAUGUUCCAUCAGCAGAGUCGGACGAUUGGUUCCUGGUCAAGCAGUACAUGGAUCACGACUAUUCCUCCGAGGAAUUGGAAGGCGAAUUGGCCAAGGAAUAUUUCUGGCAGCCAGUCAAAGACGCCAGCAAGAAGGUCAAGACGGACCAAGAUAAAAUGGCCGAAUUGAAACCAGCCCGAUCCUAAUCAUUUAAUCCUAUACGCCAUAAAACAGACCCCCGCUAACUAAAUUUUUGAGACCGAGAUCAAAUAUUAUUUCCCCCGAGAUGAGUGACGUAAUUUAAAAACAAAAGAAUUCAGUGUUGUCUCUUUGUAAUAAUAAUAAUAAUAAACCGAUUACUAUUUUUCUCC